GCCGCGGCCCGGAGCGAGACUGGCGAGCACCGUUAGCCCGGCUGGCGCGCGGCGUCGGCCCGGCCGCCGUCAGGCCUCGCCGCUGCCCGGGGACAGACUCCCCGGCGGCUGACAGCCGCGGAGGCGGGACGACGGAGGGCCGUCAGCCAGCAAUCGCGUAGCCCGAUCACCCAGGAAGAGAAAUUGUAAGCAGAUAAGAAGAACGCGUUCAGUUUGGGACACCAUUUGCAGCUGGAAAUGGGGAAUGGACUGUCAGACCAGACUUCCAUCCUGUCCAGCCUGCCGUCCUUUCAGUCCUUUCACAUUGUUAUUCUGGGUUUGGACUGUGCUGGAAAGACAACAGUUUUAUACAGGCUGCAGUUCAACGAAUUUGUAAAUACCGUACCUACCAAAGGAUUUAACACUGAGAAAAUUAAGGUAACCUUGGGCAAUUCCAAAACAGUCACUUUUCACUUCUGGGAUGUUGGUGGUCAAGAGAAGUUAAGACCACUGUGGAAGUCAUACACCCGAUGCACAGAUGGUAUUGUGUUUGUGGUGGACUCUGUCGAUGUUGAGAGAAUGGAAGAAGCCAAAACUGAACUUCAUAAAAUAACUAGGAUAUCCGAAAAUCAGGGAGUCCCUGUGCUUAUAGUUGCUAACAAACAAGACCUGAGGAACUCGCUCUCUCUCUCAGAGAUUGAGAAGUUGUUAGCAAUGGGGGAACUGAGCUCAUCGACUCCUUGGCAUUUGCAGCCCACCUGUGCAAUCAUAGGAGAUGGGCUAAAGGAAGGACUCGAGAAACUACAUGAUAUGAUAAUUAAAAGGAGAAAAAUGUUGCGGCAACAGAAAAAGAAGAGAUGAAUGGCAGUACCUUUUAUAUUGGUGUGGAAUAGGUUUUCCUGGGUCUGAUUUCUGACAAGCUGAAGAGUGUCUACAGCCUGGUUUGCCUGUCUGCCCUCAUGGAUGCUAUUAAAGCUUUGUUUUGUUGAACAGUCAGAUACCCAACUCUGUUGCCUUGUGGAAGAUGAGUCAAUGCAAUGCUUCUUAAAGUGGUCUCUUCUCCCUGACCCACAAAUCUUUUGGUACUACCAUUUUGGGAAAGUCAAAAAAGGCUAGUAAUUGACCAGAAAACAAUUUUGUGGAAAUUUGACCUGAAGUUAGUGAAAUAAAACUUUGAAGAGUGUA